AUGGUAUUUCAGUACAACGUCCAUGCUAGUGACGAAUACCGCCACCAUGAGGUCACUUGGGAAGCUGACAGCAACAAUAACAUGACCUCGGCAUGGGUCCGCCUUGUUCGGCCAGGUGAUACCCUUAGAGUGACCCCCAAAGCACAAUUCGCGGGCUGGAUCAACCACGUGCGGGAGGCUGAGAUCGAGGUACACGGAAUCCAAAAAUCUCCAGACACCGUUCCUUCAUAUCUUCCGAGGCUCGUAGAAACGGGCGACGCUGCCGGUGCCUCCAGUUCCUGCUAUCGACCUCUAAAUCAGUCCGUGGGCGAAAUUCGGCUGGUCCUAUUGCAACCUGGUCUCUCUGAAGAACCCCUAAGCUGUACGCUGAUCCACACCUCCUUGUAUAAGUGCUCGGUCUCUUAUGAGGCUCUUUCAUACUGCUGGGGAGAUCCAAGAAACCGGGAAAAUAUCGUGGUGAGAGUGCACAAUGGCGGCCAGCCGUCAGAAUUGACAAUGUCUAUCACAUCGAACCUCUACUCUGCGUUGAGGACGCUCAGAACCCAGACCGGUCCGCCUCGUACUAUAUGGAUCGAUGCGAUCAGCAUCAAUCAGGCUGACUUGGACGAACGAUCGAGCCAGGUGAGGCUGAUGACCAUGACUUUUAUGAACGCCUCGAGGGUGAUUGUUUGGUUAGGAGAGGGAAACAGUGUGACGAAAAGCGCCAUUCAGACAAUCCGAGCCAUCAAUGACAGACACUUCAAAACAAAGGCUUGGGAGCUUGCAGACCUCCAUCAUCCUCUAAUGGAAGCCGAGCUGGGGGUGGACGAAUUUGUUGAUGACUUGGCACUCUUUGAAUCGCCCUGGUUUCGCAGGACCUGGGUUGUCCAGGAGGUUUUCAAUGCAAGAGGGAUAGUCGUCCAUUGUGGUGAAGAUACUCUUGAUUGGCCAGCGCUGCUGCGAGUCAACAAGUGUAUACGGCUGACGGAUCUGAAAAUGAACUCGUCCUACAAGGCUCAACUGCCCCCGAUCUACCAAGAUAUUUUUGAUUCUCUAAGCUCCCGAGUCUGGCGGGAUUCCUUCACGGGCUCUUCCACGGAACUUGGAAUUCUCGAAAUCCUCAUCAAAGGUCUGGACCUGGAUGCCGAGGACCCUCGGGACAAGAUCUUUGCUAUGUUGCAAUUUGAUCAAGAGACGGCCGAUUUGGGCUCGUUGCCAGCCGAGAUUGUCCCUGACUACCGGAAGGCAGCGCCGGAGGUAUUUGGAAAUUUCACGCGUUGGUGGAUCAUGCACCAUCGCUCUCUACGGAUCCUAUCUGCCAUACAAGCAUUGGAUGGUCGGUCGUGGCUCAGCACGACGUUUCCGGGGAAACGAUGGGUUGCGCCUGGCUUCCCGUCGUGGUCAUGGUCGUAUCGGGGUCACAGCAACUGGGCUCUUGGACUGCUUGGACUGGACCACAAGCGAAAUUAUCGGGCUUGUGGGGAUACCCAGCUAGAUAUGAACCUCCUGACCACGUCGCGAUACUCCCCCCUACUUCCGCUGUUGGGGAUCCGAAUCGACUUGAUUUCGUCCAUUGGACCGUAUCCGUAUUUCAAGCCGUGGGAACAUAGCGAAGCCAUUCACAGGACGUACGUCGGGAUAUUCGAUCCUCUGAACCUGACAGGGAAAUGGGUUUACCAGCUUGGAUCCAAGAACCACGAGACGUAUACGACCAACGACAGUCCCGAUUUGUGGGAGAGCCAUUUUGCAGUUCACGACGAGUACGCCGCAGAAACUGGUGCUGUUGGGUGUCAUAACCACUGUUUGUUCCGAACACAGGAGAAAGGAUUGACAGGACUCUGUCCCGCGGGAGCGCGGGUCGGGGACCUCGUGGUCAUCCUCUACGGAGGGUCUGUUCCGUACGUGGUCAGGGAGCAGAAGCACGACACAGGGACAGAAGGAGAAGAGACGCGAGAAAGGGAAACGAGAUACGAAUUUGUUGGAGAAUGCUUCCUGGAGGAAUACAUGGGCGGCCGUGGUAUCGACGAGCAGAAGAGACAAGGGCUGCCAAACGAGGUUUUCACCUUGGUCUGA